AUAAUCAUAGUUCAUUAUAUCCUACUACUUAAGAUAAUAUCUAUAAAUAAUAUAAAGAUAUAAAGUAAAUAACAAGUUAUUUGUCGUGUUAUUCUUGAAAAUGCAGUACUUUUAUGUGCUCCCAAUAUUAAUAAUACUGUUUAAUAUUGCAAGCUGUGCCAAAAUUUUAGGAAUAUGGCCCACUCCUGGACACAGCCAGUUCAUUUUGGGUCAAGCGCUUAUGGCAGAAUUGGCAAGAAGAGGACAUGAAGUGAGUGUAAUAAGUGAAUUUGAGCCGAAGGAGAAAAUUAAAAAUUACGAAACAAUCAAAUUGCCAAAAACUGGAGGAUAUGAGGGUUUUGAUCUGCUAAAUUGGCCGACAUAUAAUCUAUUUUCCUUGCAAAAAAGCCUUCUAGAUGGUGGCCUCAAAUAUUCAGGAGCCUUAUUUGAAAAAAAAAUUAUUCAAGAAUUGAUCGAUUCCAAUCGCACAUUCGACUUGGUCAUCGUAGAGAAUUUUAGCAACGAAGCUCAUAUGGCGUUUGCCGAACAUUUCAAAGCUCCAUUAAUUGUUUUUAGUUCACAACCUGUGAGUGACUGGAAUUAUCAUUUUGUUGGAAAUGUUAAAUUACCUUCAAUUAGCCCUUUUUUUGUAUCACCAUUUGACAAGCAUAUGAGCUUUUAUGAAAGAUUUCGGACUUUGUUAUUAAGUGUAUAUGAUUUUAUCUACAAAGAAUUGAUAUAUUAUCCAGGUCAACAAGCUCUUGUGGAUAAAUAUUUUCCCAACAAAAUGGACCUUAAAAAAAUAGUUACAAAUACAGAAAUGAUGUUACUGUUUUCACAUCCUUUAACCACAGGACCAUCUUUAACAACAAGCGCUAUAGUAGAAGUAGGAGGUUUUCAAAUUGUUUCUAAAAAACUUCCCAACGACAUCCAAAGUGUCUUAGAUGGUGCUAAAAAUGGAGCUGUACUUGUCAGUUUGGGAACAAAUGUAGAAUGCAGCAGUUUGUCCAAGGAACAGUUCAAUAUGUUUUUAAACGCCUUUAAAAAAUUUCCUCAAAGAUUUUUGUGGAAAUGUCCAGUUGAAAUACCUAACAAACCCGAUAAUGUAUAUUUGUUUAAAUGGAUGCCACAAACAGAUAUUCUGGCUCAUCCCAAUACAAUUGCAUUUAUAACUCAUAACGGUUUAUUGAGUACGACCGAAGCAAUUCAUUAUGGAGUACCUAUGAUUUCCAUUCCAGUUUUUUGUGAUCAGAUGCCAAACGCAAUUAGAGUUCAGAAAAAUGGCAUCGGCGAACGGUUGAGUUUCUUAGAUUUAACCGAAAAUGAUUUGUAUGAAGCAAUAAAGAAGGUUACCACAAAUACAUCAUACAAAGAAAAAAUGCAAAGGGUGUCAAAAAUGUUCAGAGACCAACCAUCAAAGCCUUUAGAUCGAGCAAUGCAUACAAUCGAAUAUGUCCUUAAAUACAAGCCAGGACCCUUGCUAAGAAGCCCGGCUUUAAGUUUAUGGUGGUUCCAACUAUAUAUGCUCGACGUUUUAUUAUUUAUUUUUGUAUCUAUAGUCUUAUUAUAUUUGUUUAUAUCAAUAAUUUUAAGGAAAUUAAUGUUUAGCAAGAAACAAAAUAAAAGAAAAACUGCUUAAAU